UCCAAGGGUAGCUCCAUAAAAUUAUAUCAUUACGUGUGAUUGCACAUGCAGUUUUCUGUAUUGUAUCUCAGGUGCAGGGUAUUGGUAUAAUUGAUGAAGUCAUUGCCGCACAGCACUGACGUUUUGCCUCUAUGACGUCAACCAUGGAAGCCUCUCCUAUUCACACAAAUCUACAAGCUCGAGAGAAAGUAGCAUUUAAAAAAGCAAAUUGUAAUAGAAACCUCAACGAUCAAAUCAAUAGCAACUUAGAAACCAAUUUUAAUCCCAAAUCAAUUGUUCAUACUAACUUUCGAAUACCGCCGUACGAAAUUACUUCAAUCGCCCAUCAUUUUUCACCAACUUCUUACCGACAAGCCACAUAAAACCAAGCCAAUAAAGAUGGCAGCAAAAGCGCCCAGUGAAGGAACUAAGAUCACCACCGGCAAGAAUGCCCCCAUCACAGGUGAAGGACCCGGUAUCGUCGCACAAGACUCCCUAGCUGCGGAGUCCCAGUCCUUCCGUCAGGCCAAUCAAGCCGUGCCUCAGCAGGUUCCGCGAGAAGAUCUCACAUCCGCUUCAAGGCCACACGAAAGUGGCGUUCACACAUCUACUUCCACCUCAAACACCAGGACAUCUGGACAGGGUAGCAAUGCGGGCAUCGCACCCUCUUAUGUUCAGAGCCAAUACUUGAAGGACCCUUCUGGUCCACACGGAAAGAAUCUAAAGGAGGAUGACAGCAUUGGUACCGAGGACAAAUCAAAGAACGCUAGUUUCUCUGAAUUCGGCACUAAGAACGACCCCGGUUUGGCUGCUGAACAAAAAUUCACCCUCUCCGAGACGGCCAAUGCGGGCUCGACUGGAGGGCGUGAGAAAGGCGUUGAUGCUCAACAACCAUACGGUGUACUGGGCUCGAAUUCAGAGGCAUGAGAAAUAUGGAAUAAGAUGACGCAUACCGAACAAGUAGAAAGCUGUGUUACGAGACGUCUCCUCACCAGCCAAAUAUGUAGUUGAUUAUUAAAUCUACUUUUGCAAAGGCGUCUUAUUGUACCUCCCUGGGCAGAUAUUCUUACCCUACACGUGUAAUUUUUGGCUCGGAUGCAAGAGGGUGUCUUUUACAUCGUAUUUCUCAGACCUGACGGAUGAAUAUCGUCAUUCGAAUUAGGAAUGGCGCAGGGAGAUAUCACUAAUAAGGUAGCGGGCGUGUACAACUGCCGAGGAUCUCAAUACUAUUAAUAUGACUUGGGCCGGUAUAUUUCUGCCUGGGUGGGGGUUAGUGGUGUCGAGUAUUAGCUGCUGUCAUCUAGAUGGUCAUUAUUCGAGGCUGCUUUGUAACUGUCUAGGCUUACCCGCCUGUUUCCACAAUGGGGAGCAAGAGUGGUCUCCCUGAGCUGGGCCACCGACAUGGCGCAGGGCUAGUAGAAACUAAGCACUGAGUCCGGAAUGAACAAUCGAUUCCGUUAGCACCGCCACACUCUAGCAAUUGGUUAACCGGUUGUGAUUAUACACUAGUUUGUU